AAAAAACGACCGUGCCGACGGCACUAUGAUUGUAACGUAGUCUCUCGCGUCGGCGACUAUUAGGCGUCAGUCGUCGCCAAACCUCCUCCGAGGGCCCAUCGCGAACUCAUCAACCACUCAACAUUUACACAUUUACACGAAUAAAAAUGGGUUUAGAUAUUAAAUCUGUGUUAGUAGCCGAUGGAGUCGGAUCUAACUGUCAAGAAAUCCUCAACUCACAUGGAAUCCAUGUCGUCAACAGACCAAAAAUUUCCAAACAAGAACUUCUUGAAGAAAUUCCUAAACAUGAAGGUUUGGUGGUGCGAUCAGCCUCACAAGUUACCAAAGAAGUGCUGGAUGCGGGCAAGAAACUGAAGGUGGUCGGCCGCGCCGGCGCCGGCGUCGACAACAUCGACGUUGCCGCUGCGGGGGCCAAGGGAAUCGGCGUCAUUAACGCUCCCGGAGCCAACGCGAUGAGCGCUUGCGAGCUAACGUGCGGGCUGAUGCUGGCGCUGGCGCGGCACGUGGUGCCGGCGGCGUCGGCGUUGCGCGCGGGCCGCUGGGAGCGCGCGCAGUACACGGGCACCGAGCUGCAGGGCAAGACACUGGCCGUGCUCGGCCUGGGCCGCGUAGGUCGAGAGGUCGCUGUCAGAAUGCACGCCUUCGGAAUGACGAUCGUAGGAUUCGACCCCUUCGUGUCAGCCGAGCAAUGCAAGGAGUUCCAUACAACCAAGAUGGAGUUGGAGCAGAUCUGGCCCGUGGCCGACUACAUCACCCUUCACACACCUCUCAUUGACUCCACCAGAAAUUUCAUUAACGCCGCUGUGCUGAAGAAGUGCAAGAAAGGCAUCAAGAUCGUGAACGUGGGUCGUGGAGGCUUAAUUCACGAGCGGGACGUACUUGAUGCUCUCAACGCCGGCCAGGUUGGCGCCGCCGCAUUAGACGUGUUCGAGCAGGAGCCCCCUAUUGACCCCCUCACGCUAGAGAUCAUCCAGCACCCGGCGGUCAUCGCCACCCCUCAUUUAGGUGCGUCGACCAAGGAGGCACAGGUGCGCGUGGGCCAGGAGAUCGCCGAGCAGCUUGUGAACCUGGUGAAGCCGGGCACCUAUCCCACACCGCUUGCCGAAGUCACGCGCGUGUUCAAACAGUAACUUAUAUCUUACCCUGAUAGUUACGAGUAGCAAUGUACCUGUUGUGGAACUUUCAACUGUCUGGCAGAAUUUUUUCCCAUUAGGAACAUUUUUGCCUUACGCUCCCACCGAAUUUUAAUAUCGUCGGAACCCCGUCAGCUGUCGAACGAUAAUACAUGUGUAUUGUUUUACCAUUUUACGGAUCGUUGGAAGAUAUUGAAAUAAAAUUUAAAAGAAUUAUUAAAUGGAAGUUUUAAACGAAAAGUUGCGAAAACGGCCAGUAUGAGUAAUUUUCACCGAGUUUCGAAUUUAUUUACACAGAUUGUCCUAUUCCCAAGUAUGAGAAUAAGAAACUUACAGAAAUAUUCGCAACUUCUGCUUGGUCCACUUCUAUUUUCUAGCAAAUAUUACAUGUACGUAUAACAAGAUUAUUGUAAUAUAGUAUUAACUCAAUAUAAAAUUAUAUCGUUAAUAAACAUAUUUUUGUACA